AUGGCGCAAGUAGUGGCAUGCCUAGAGCAGCCAUCCUCCUAUAGAGACCACAGAUCAGAGGUUAACCGAGAGACCGAACGCAAGUUAUUAUCGCUGUCGAGUACCCUUUACGUUGGGAAUCUGAGUUUUUACACCACCGAAGCACAGAUAUAUGAAUUAUUCUCCCAUUGUGCACUGCCUGGCAAAGGCGGAGGAGUAAAAAGAAUCAUCAUGGGACUGGACAGAAAUCAGAAAACUCCUUGUGGCUUCGCCUUCGUGGAGUAUUAUCUUCACGAGGAAGCUGUGGCUUGUCUGAGAUGUAUCUCUGGUACAAAGCUGGACGAGAGGGUCAUUCGGUGUGAUCUAGAUCCGGGCUACAAGGAGGGACGACAAUUUGGGAGAGGGAAAAGUGGUGGGCAGGUUAGAGAUGAGUUCAGACAGGAAUAUGAUAGCGGACGAGGUGGCUGGGGGCAUCAACGCCUUGAAGAAGAACGUCGCCGACAAGAGCAAGACCGCCUUCGGUCUCGAGUUCAGUUUGACACGUAUGCGUCCUCUAUGGGAGGUCUUGGCAUGUCUGGAGCAGAUGUACCGCGAGGCGAGACCGAUGUUGCACGAAGUAAACGCUCGCGUAGCGAGGAAGUA